AUGUACCAAGGAGAUUCAGAGGGUUGCCGAGGACCUCGCUUCCUCAAUGCCAAUUGCAAGCAGCCAGUCUCACCACUUCCAAACUCCAAGUGCCCAUGCAAUGAGAGGCACUCUUUGACAACCUCUUCAAGGAGGGGCGCAAGGAGGAAGUCCCUUGCCAGAAGGAGAUUCAGAAGGUCGCCGAGGACCUCGCUUCCUCAAUGCCAAUUGCAAGCAGCCAGUUGCGCCACUCACCAACCCCAAGUGCCCCGUCCAGCGCAAGGCACUCUUCAAGCAGCUCCUCGAGGAGGUGCGUCAAGAGGAAACCAAGCCCCAAAAGGCGAUUCAAAAGGCUGCAACCCCUCGCUUCCUAGCAGCCAGUUGCGCCACUCAAAGACGCCAAGUGCCCUGUUCAGCGCAAGGCACUCUUCAAGCAGCUUCUCAAGGAGGAGCGUGAGGAAGAGGAGGAGCAACCCCUCGCUUCCUAG